AUGUCUCUGCCAAAGAUAUCACUAUCAGCUUUAUCAGAUGUAAUCACAAAUAGCUUUAUGGUUUGCACUCUUGAACAAGCAGAAGUCCAACUCUGCCUUAAAAGACCUUCUCUAUGGUAUAAGUCUUAUCCCAUUGCCCAAGGCAGCCGUCAAUCUCCAAUCGAUAUCAUCUCCACGCAAGCGAUCUAUGACCCCAGUUUGAAGCCUCUCCAUAUUUCCUAUGAAUCGGAUUCAUCUCUUGGUAUCUCCAACAAUGGACAUUCCGUCAUGGUGGAUUUCAAGGAUGUAGAUGACAAAACAGCUAUCAGUGGAGGCCCCUUGGAAAACCCUUAUAGGCUGAAACAAUUCCAUUUUCACUGGGGGACAAGCCAAAAGUCUGGAUCCGAGCAUACCAUAAAUGGGAAAUCUUUCCCUUGCGAGCUCCAUUUAGUUCACUGGAAUGCCAAGAAAUACACGACGUUUGGAGAAGCUGUAGCUGCCCCAGAUGGCCUUGCAGUGAUUGGGGUUUUCUUAGAGGUUGGAGAAGAACAUACUACUAUGAACCGAUUGACUGACGCCUUCUAUAUGGUCAAAUUUAAAGGAACAAAAGCUGAAUUCAGCUCUUUCAACCCAAGCACUCUGCUUCCUGCUGGCAAAAAGUACUGGACUUAUGCCGGAUCUUUGACAACGCCACCUCUUCAUGAGAGUGUAACCUGGAUAGUACUGAAGGAAGCCAUCCAAAUAUCAGAGAAACAGAUGGAGAAAUUCAGAAGUCUUCUUUUUACGACAGAGGAAGAUGAAAAAAUCCCAAUGGUGAAUAAUUUUCGUCCCCCCCAGCCUCUUAAGGGAAGGGUCGUUCGUGCAUCCUUCAGGGUAUAAAAAGGAGAAGGAAGAACAUGAAGAGCGUUUCUAAAAUCAGCGGACUUAAAGACUGAUUUUCAUCCAAGGCUGCAAAAUGCAAGAUGGUUACAGGACAUCUAUUGACUUUGACAUGAUUUCAAGAUAUCUUGAAAAGCAUCCAUACCACUCCAGACC